UGCAAAUCGUCACGCACCACGUGCUGGGAAAGGUGAACGUGAUUCGGUGCUUGGCUUGAAAUGCGGCCUUGCGUCGACUUGGGACGACCAUGACCGGAAACGAAGAAAGCGCAUUUGAGCCACCCGCUCCCCUUCCAAUUCGUCGUCUUCAAGAAUCUCUCAUCAACCGAAUCGCUGCAGGAGAAAUCAUCCAUAGACCCGCGUCCGCUCUCAAAGAGCUUUUGGAGAAUUCUCUCGACGCGGGUGCAACAAGUAUACGCGUGGUUGUAAAAGACGGCGGAUUGAAGCUAUUACAGAUUCAAGAUAACGGAUGUGGCAUUCGUAAAACAGAUUUACCAAUACUCGCAGAACGAUUUACAACCUCGAAGUUAUCUUCGUUCUCGGAUCUUUCGCGUUUAACGACCUACGGUUUCCGUGGGGAAGCACUUGCGUCGAUAUCUCAUGUUGCUCAUCUUUCUGUCGUUACGAAGACGCGUUCGGAGGUUUGUGCUUACAAAGCUCAAUACUCCGAUGGAAGAUUGGUUCCUAGCCAAGCCGGACAUACACCAGAUCCCAAACCGUGUGCGGGAAAUGAUGGAACCAUCAUCACGAUCGAAGACCUGUUCUUCAACAUUCCCACCCGCCUAUCCGCUCUCCGCAAUACAUCCGACGAGUAUUCUCGUAUUCUUGAUGUAAUCACCAAGUACGCCAUUCAUAAUCCAAAAGUGUCUUUUUCGUGCAAAAAGGCGGGUUCAGGAACUCCCGAAAUAAGCACCCCUUCUGGCUCAACGACUCCUCAAACGAUCGGGAUGUUAUACGGACAUACGGUUACGAAGGAAAUAUUACAUGCGGAUAUCGUAUCUCCAGAUAACACCAAAGCAGACGAGACUUGGUCAGCUCAAGCGUAUUUCACUAGUGCGAAUUAUCAAGCGAAGAAAACGAUUUUUCUUCUUUUUAUCAAUCAUCGUUUGGUGGAAUCCACAAGACUUAAGCGUGCGCUCGAGGGACUAUAUACGGGUAUUCUGCCAAAAGGCGCAUCUCCUUUCAUCUACCUCAGUCUCGAGAUUCACCCACGUGCUGUUGACGUCAAUGUCCAUCCCACUAAGAAAGAAGUACAUUUCCUCAACGAGGACGUUAUCACUGAACGGAUAUGUGACUCGGUACAAGAUAUACUGGCCGAGAAAAACAGUUCACGGACGUUUGAGUAUCAAACACUUUUGACGGGGGGCAUCGCCGAGCAACCUUCAACGUCAGAUAAGAAACGAAAAGGAAAAGAGAGAGAACGUGAAUCCGAUGCAGAAGUAGAGGAGAACGGCCUUGGAUCUAAACAGGAACCCCGAAAAGUCUAUUCGCAUCAGAAAGUCCGAACAUCUCUUCAAGAUCGGACGCUAGACUCGAUGUUUCCUGUUAUUGACCCGAGUCAAAUAGCAGAUCUUGCUGGGAGUGAAAAGACGUCCAAAUCGAGUGGUGUUCCCGGUACUCCAGUUACCCCGGCGGUGGCGUCGAGGUAUCGAGAGAUCACGGAGUCGGAUUGUAAUUUGACAUCCGUCAAUGCACUUCGAAGGGUGCUAGUCAAGAAAAGACAUAAAUCUCUCACCGAGAUCCUGGAAAAACAUAUCUUCGUGGGGAUAGUCGACCUGGACCGAUGUCUAUCACUCGUACAGCACUCGACGAAACUGUAUCUUGUGAAUCAUGGUGCUUUAGCGUACGUUCCUUCUUUCCCCAAUAUGACGGUUACAACACAUGUUUCAGGGAGGAACUUUUCUAUCAGUUAGGAUUGCGUCAAUUCGGUGAUAUGAAUCGACUAAAGCUCGAUCCAUCACCACCUUUACGAAGGUUAAUAGAAAUUGCGGUGGAGGCUGAAGAGACGGAGGGACACACGAGUCUAUCGAAACCUCAGAUUGUUGAGCGAAUCCACAAAAUCCUCUUUGAAAAGAGAGAAAUGCUUUCUGAUUACUUUUCGAUGGAUAUAUCCUCUACUGGACUUGUGGAAAGUUUACCUCUGUUACUUCGAGGGUAUACUCCGAAUUUAGAUAAGUUACCGCACUUUCUGAUGCGUUUGGGGCCUCAGGUGAACUGGAUAUCUGAACUUGAAUGUUUCGAAACGUUCCUCCGAGAACUUGCAUAUUUCUAUAUUCCAGGACCCCUUGCCACCGAUGGUUCGGUGGCUAAGGAGUUAUCGGAGGAAUCAGUUGCUGAAAAAGCUGAAAAGUGGCAGAUUCAACACGUUUUGUUUCCUGCUAUGAGACGGUAUCUCGUUGCCCCCAAGACACUUUUGGAUAGAGAUGAUGUAGUGCAAGUUGCGGAUCUGCCGGAGUUGUAUAAGGUUUUUGAGCGGUGUUGAAUAUACUUUUCGAGUUUGCUUUCAGGCAUUGACAAUUUACAGACUUCACGUACUCUGUAUGUUGUUCGCAGUUACUGGUAUGAGAACCGAAAACCGCGGGCUUUGUAUUGAGCGUACUCGAGUACUCCCCGUAGGCCGCG